AUGUCAAAAAAUUCAAGCGAUCAAGAAACUGUGAAAAAAAGUUCAAUAGAUCGCCCAAGAAGAAAGCCCCAAAAAAAAUUGAAGAUUGAAGAAGAAGUAUCUCUUGACAAUGAAGAAGAAGAGUAUCACUUGAAAGAAUACGAGGCAAUUCGUUCUGAAUACACCGAGUUCAGUCUAUCAAAUACAAUCAUCAACAUCCUCUACAAAGUAGUCCAAACAUCAGCCUGCCUCAAUGCUGCAUACAAAAAAGCUGCAAUGAAGCAAUUAAUUUCUGCUGCAAAAGACCUUGCCCUCAAUGAAAUGGAAGCUUCUUUGUGGACAAUCUAUUUACAAAAAAUUGACUGGAAAAGCCUUUCAAGCACUUGCUAUUUAGACCUUCUUUUUGCAGCGUAUGCUUCAAAGUCCUAUCUCAAUGAAAACUUAAAGCCGUUUAACGUGUAUCUUGAAAAAAUGAAUGCAAAUUUCUUAAAAAGCUAUGAAAGCUGGCACAGCACACACAAACAUUUGCUUAAAAUUGACUCCAAUAUAUCUAAAGUAAUUGAUUAUUAGUAACCUUCAGCAGGGAGUCUAAUCAGAUCUCCUUGCUGAUCGCGUUGGGUUCGUUCUUAAUUUGACUCCUGCGAGUUUUCUUAUAAGAGUCACCCUCUUUUGGUAUGUCAAGCAAUGCAGCCUUCUAGUGAGGCUAUGAGUUACGGAUAAAAUUCAAGGAAACUAAACACUAUAAAUAAUAAAGAGGGGAGAACUCAUUUCAUGCGUAGCCAUUUAUAUUAUGCUUAAAAACUGGCUCCAAAGAAAUAAACAAUCGGUUCAAAGAAUACAGCAAGCCUUAUCUUGGCCUUGGAGAAGUCCAAAUUAUUGAUUACAACCAUUGUGUGGACGAUAUCCUGAGAAUCGCAAUGGACAGCUCUGUUAAGGAAGAAAAAGAAGAAAAGUUAGAAAAUAUUGAGGACGGAGAAGGGGGGGAAGAAUCUGAAACAAAUGAAAACAGCCCUGGAAAGGUUACCAUAGGAAAGAUAGUAAAAGAGGAGAUAUCAGCUAGCCCAAUUUUUGGGCUAGACGCAUUAUCCCCAUUGCCGCCUGAAGAGAUUAGUAAAGAUAAAAACCAGAUAAGUUUUGAUUCCUUUGUGAAUCCGAUUCCAAAGCUUGGAGAAAUUCCAGAUUUUCCAGUAUUCGGUGAUGGGACGCCAGGGUUCGGACGUACACCAAGCAUAAACACUCCUGGACUCCCAACUCUGACACCAAACUUCAGCUCAGUUCUGAGUCCUGGAUACAGUCCGUUGAUUUUUAAAAACUCAGCAUUCAAUGGAUUUCCAAACUUUAAUGAAUAA